AUGAGAUUAAAAGCAUUAGAGUAUUUUUCUCUCUUUCUUCUCAUCUCAUCGGUGCUUGCUGCGAAUUACCAAGUCUCUGUGCAUCUUGGCUCAUCAUGGAACGAGACUCCCGUUUUAUCGGAAAUAGCUGAAUAUUUGGCCCAAUUCUCCUCUACACACUUUUGGGACUUUGUUAAUAAGCUCGAGUCACUCUCAGUCAAUAAUUCGUCGUCUGGGGUCUUUUCGUCGGACGAAAAGUUGACGCAUGAAGCAAUGCAACUGCUGGAGGAUAUGAUUUUGGAUGUUCAAGGGGUGCAUGCGGAUAAGGAUGGAAAUCGUGACUUGCAGAAACGUCUAUUCAGGCUUACAGUAGCAUCUCGUGCCCUAUCUCCAGCUGUUCAGACCGCAAACCACAUGGCCUCUGUAGCGCAUUUUCAAUUUGGGUCGAACAAUUUGGAGGCGUGUGAAGGUAGAAAAACGUGGGGACGCAUUGGGUCCAUGCUUAUUUGCGAUUUGGAUCAACUCGAGACAUCGGUUCAGAAGGCUCUAAUUGCUUGUUCAUCUAGUUGCCCAGACAGCCUAGCAGAUUCCGCCUUGCUAUCAGAUAAUGUAUUUCCUACCAAUGUAUAUUCGCACUCUUCUCCUCACCUCAUAAUUCAUGGAGAUUUAAGAUCCAUUGAAUUCUACAAAUGGCACAUGAUGGCUAAACAAUUGGCAAAAGAUAAUAAAAUUGUCUACGUUUUCCGUCACUUCAUUAAGACGCGUCCAUCUUCUAAAACUUGGCUCAACGGGUACGGUGUCGCCUUGAAUCUUAAAAGUACUGAAUACAAGGCUAUGGAUGACAAAAGCGGCGAAGGGGGCCGAGAUUUUUCAAGUGAUGUGCUUGGUGAAAGUGAGAUGGAAUCUGUUGUUCAGGGCUUUAAUUUCACUCAACUUCGAGCAAAUUAUCCCGAACUGAAGUUAGAACUGAAUUCCUUCCAGCGGCAUAUUAUCACCGGUACCACUGAAGUAAAGCCUCUCAAAGCUUGGCAGAUGCGUGAUCUUGGUUUACAAGCUGCUCAAACUGUGAUGGAUGUGGCUAGUGAAAACGACACUGAUAUCUCCGGUCUUCUCAUGAUCAAAGACCUGAGUCAAAACUUCCCUUCAAGGGCCUACCAACUCUCUCAACGCAAAGUGACAGAAAAUCUGAAGGAGGAAUUGAAAAUCAAUCAGAAUAUUUUGGAGCAGCGUUAUGGUAUUCAGGCUGGUGGAAAUGUCUUUCUACUUAAUGGGCUUGCUCUCUCACCGGAGAUUGAUAUAUAUGCUCUUCUGGAUCUUCUCCGCUCGGAAAGUCAUUUGUUGAGUCAACUUCAUGGCCUUGGGUUAUCGACCGAACAAGCUACUCGAUUGUUGCAAGCAUCUCCAAGUGGAGAAGAUGGCUAUCGAAUGAGUACCUUUAUUGAUAGCUACAAGCAUACAGUGACUGGUGAACGUCUACUCGAUAUCAGUGGUGCACCCAUCCUCUAUCUGAAUGACAUUGAACGAAACCCUGCCUACAGAUCAUGGAUUCCAAACAUCCAUGCUCUUUUCAUGAUGGGUGCACCGGGCCAAUUAAGACAAAUUCGAAAGAACCUCUUCAAUGUGGUCUUCGUUGUUGAUCCCACCGAACCUAUGGCUAUGGAAAUGCUUAAAUUAGCAGAGAUUCUUAUCUUGAAGAAGGUUCCCAUUCAUCUGGGCGUCCUUUGGUCUGUGAAUCCUGAAAUCGAUACACUGGGACGCACUGUAGCUCGAACCUUCACUUACCUCGCCGAAAAUAUGAAAAGCUAUCCGGAUCAUCGGGGGCUCCCCAGUGGUCUUGGUAACCCCGGUGCCAUGACUGCACUCAACUUCCUCACUGACCUCUACUCAACAUACGAUAAGAAAGAUCUCACUGCAGAAAUUGUCGAAUUAGAAUUCAAGAAGGCCUUUCCUGAGGCCUACUAUGAGGAUAUCUUCGUGGAACCCGGUUUUGAAUGCUCUUAUGAUAAGGAUAUUAAGCAUCACUUUGAUUUCCUGGAGAACAGUGGAAUUCGUCAAUCCGCAGGCAGUCCAAGUCUCAUCUUUAAUGGAAUGAUCUUCUCCCUUGAUGGUAUUAACAAGUUGGGAGGUUUACAAGAGGCUAUAAUGACCACAGCCUUAGAACAGACUGUGUACUUCCAACAGGCCGCUUUUGAGGGUCGUCUUUAUGACGGUCUCUCAGCAGCCGAAUUGUUUGCAGCCGACGGCCUCCUUCUUUCUCGUAUUAAUCAUCGUCUCCUCUCCGUCCUACCCCCUCUUGUCAACAAAUUUGCCCUCGGAGAUGGGUCCGACGGUAAAUCGGUCACACCAUUCCUUCAGUUCGGCAUGUUGAAAGCUUCUAUUGAAGGUUCGGCUGCUUCAGAUUUAUCCCCUGGAGAGAUAACUAACUUCUUGGCUGAUCAGAUGCGUUACUUGCAAAAAGGGGAUUUGGAAAGUGAAACGCGUGCAAAUACAGUUUGGGUCGUUCUUGGCGAUAUUGAACCCUCCUCCACCUCCUCAAACCACAGUCUCAAAUUGCUCGCCCAAGCUGCCAAAUUCAUGCGUCGCCAUGCAACAAUGGACACGCGUCUUGGCUUCGUAUUCAAUCCCUCCAGCACCGUCUCCUUCUCCGAAAAGGGUGUUUGGGGUGCUGGUGGAUGGCUCACUCGGGCCCUUUUGCUCAUUGGUCAUCCUGCUGAGAAAAUGUUUCCAAUGCCGUCUUCCAGUGACAAGACCGCAGUGAAGUGUAUGAAUAUCAUGGCUGCGAAGAACUUCUUACUUAAAAUCACAGAAGAGGCACUCAAAAUGGUUCGAGGUGAAAUCAAAGAUGCUAGUCCACUGUCGGAGUUGACUGUUUCUGGUAUGGAAGUUGACAAAUUCGAGAAGGCCUUUGCCGAACUUAAUCUGAAAGACAGGCUCUCCCUCCACACCUCAUUCUGUCAGAAGGCUCUUCGCAUGCAACCGGGCGAUUCAGCAGUCAUAAUCAAUGGUCGUGUUUACGGUCCCCUCUUGGAUAAUGAGACUUUUGCUUCAGAGGACUUCCGUUUGGCCGAGCAAUUGUCCAUCAAGAGUGCUGGCAUGGAGGCAAUGGCCAAACAACUGGCUAAAAUGCUCCCCAAUCGAAAUCCCAAUUACAUAUCUGAACUUGUCUGGCGAGGGGCUUCGGUCAUGGAAUCUGCGAAAUGGCGACUCACUUCAUUCGCGAAGAGUUUGUCAUCUGAGGGAAUAUUCGCGAGUGGAGGAAGCAAUCGCAUAUCUCUCAAGGGUCUCCGGUCUCGUCAUUCUGCAUUCACACUUCCUGCAAAGACCGAGGGUUUGACCUAUGACCUAGUUGCCGUUAUCGAUCCAGCCUCAAAAGAAGCCCAACGAUUAUCGGAGAUUCUACUCGUUCUUCGUAGAUCCCUACCCUGCUCCAUCACUGUCAUUCUCAAUCCUGUCGCCGGAUUGAGUGAUCUUCCAUUAAAGAAUUACUACCGCUUCGUAUGGCAACCUAGUCUCUAUACUGCAGAAGGUGAAUCUCUUGCCGAAGCCCCAUCAGCUUACUUCGACCAUCUUCCAGGCAACUCCCUUCUCACUUUGGGAGUUGAUGCUCCACACAACUGGAUGGUCGCUCCAAUUCGAGCCGAGGAGGAUUUGGACAAUUUGCGGCUUGGAGAAAUCGCCUCACAGACCGGUAAUCAACGCGUGGAUGCUGAAUUUGAAUUGGAAUACCUUCUUCUGGAGGGACAUUGUCUGGAUAACUCGACUAGGCAACCUCCCAGAGGUCUACAAUUCACUCUAGGCACCGCGGAGAUGCUCGAUAGAUAUGAUACGAUUGUCAUGGCUAAUUUGGGAUACUUUCAACUGAAGGCGAAUCCCGGUGCGUGGCAUCUGAAUUUGCGCGAAGGACCCUCACGAGAAAUUUACAACAUUAUUGGUCACGAAUACGCCGACAGUCCUUCGGGUGCACCAUCUCUGAUAGCUGUAAUCGACAGUUUCCGUCCAAAGAUUAUCCGCGUGGACGUCCAAAAGAAGCCCGACCACCUCAAUGACAAUGUUUUGGAAGAGAAGGAAGGAAAAACUGAAAUGAAUGCUGAUGGUAAUGUAGGCGGCGACGGCGGCGGAAGUAGUAAACCCCUUGACAAACUUUGGUCAGUUGUUGACAGUACAAUAAACUUCAUCAGGAAGUCCUCUACUACUGUGGAUCCUCUCCAAAAUCCUAACAACGAGACCAUUAAUAUAUUCUCACUAGCUUCAGGUCAUCUCUACGAGCGAUUCUUGCGAAUUAUGAUGCUGACGGUGAUCCGUAAUACCAAAUCCCCCGUGAAGUUCUGGUUCCUCAAGAACUACCUCUCGCCGUCAUUCAAGGAAUUCAUCCCCUACAUGGCAGAGAAGUAUGGAUUCGAGUACGAGUUGGUGCAGUACCAAUGGCCACGAUGGCUGAAUGCUCAAACUGAGAAGCAGCGCAUCAUUUGGGGCUACAAAAUCCUCUUUCUUGAUGUCCUUUUCCCACUCAAUGUCAAGAAAAUUAUCUUUGUCGACGCUGAUCAGGUAAGAACGCUUUUCAUGUUUCGAUAA